AUGGGACUGCCCCGACCACGGAAGUGCCCGAAACUGAAUUGUCCGAUGCGGAUGUUUUGCAAUUGUAAGCCCAUACCGUGCUAUUCCACCCUUGGACAGUGUCGAGUUGUAGAGGCUAAUUCUGCAUCUCUUGGUAGCGCCCUGACAUUGGAGCAUCUCGAAGACGCAUUCUACCGCCAGGGUUUCCAAAGAUUUCCAGACUCAGACUUUGCCGCGCUUGGCCUCAAUGAAGAGCAGAUCAAGGACCUCAAGCAAAUCGGCCAGACGGAGCAAGAACACGUCGCGUUCCUCCAGUCGGCACUGGCCCAAGCUGGCGUGCAGCCUGUGCAGCCAUGCCAGUACGAAUUCAAUGUAACCGAUGCCAAGGGCAUGGCCACCCUGGGCGCAUUGUUCGAAAAUGUCGGCGUGUCGGGUUAUCUGGGCCUUGCGAAGCGUAUCAAGGACCCUUCCAUUCUGACGGCCGCCGCGUCAAUCGUCACCAUCGAGUCGCGACACCAAAGCUCUCUGAGAGUGCUGCUCGGCCAGACGGCCGUCCCGCAAGCCUUUGACGCGCCCCUCAGCCUCAAGUCCGUCUUUUCCAUCGCCGCCCCGUUCAUCAAGUCUUGCCCGCAGGGAUCCAACCUCGCCGUCACCGCUUUCCCCGCGUUGACCAUGGAAGCAGGGUCAGCAGAGGCGAGCGCCAUGAAGGUCGGAUCUACCGUCAGAGUGGCCGCCGCGAGCGGUGCUUCUGCGGCUACGCACUGCGCCUUUACAUCCGGCGGCGUAGUGCCCGGCGGCACCGCUUUCACCCCGUUUACCGCAGCCGAGGGAUGCCAGAUCCCCCAGGGCGUCGCGGGCGUGACGUACCUGUCGCUGGCGAGUAGCGCGCCGGUGAAUGGCGCCUUGACGGAUGACAUCACUGUUGCUGGACCCAUGAUUCUGGCCUUGUGA